UUGUUGUCAGCGGUCGCGUGGGUGGGUGGCGGUGCCGAGCGCGACACUACUUUCUUUUUAGGCUUGACUCACGAUACUACCUUGCUGACCACCAAUGGCGCCCUCGACGACAUCAUCUACCGACCGAUUCGCCAAGAUACCUCCCAAAACGGCGGACUUGGCGGAUACAUGGGCAUUCCUCAACCCAGGCGUCGACCAUAUCAUGUCUAAUCUCGAGGCUGGCCUCACUUUUGCCAACUAUACCAACCUUUACACGGCGACAUACAAUUACUGCACAUCGACGAAGAUGGUGGGUAUUGGUAACAGUAAAAGCGAUGGAACCUCAAACCGAACGGGCGCUAAUCUGGUCGGAUCCGACUUGUACCACAAGCUCACCGAAUACUUCACGAUACAUUUUGUAUCUAUGAAGCAGACAGCUAGUUCAUUGCAAGACGAGGAGCUCCUACGAUACUAUGCAUCAGAAUGGCAUCGUUACACCACCGGGGCGAACUAUCUCAACCGUCUCUUUACGUAUCUCAAUCGAUAUUGGGUCAAACGAGAACGCGAUGAGGGGAAGAAAGAGAUCUAUCCUGUAUACACGCUUUCUCUUGCUCAGUGGAAAUCGCAGUUCUUCCUUUUCAUACAAAGCGAUAAUCAGAAGCUGGCCAAUGGUGUCCUCCGUCUUAUCGAACGUCAACGGAACGGCGAAAUGAUUGACCAGGGGCUUGUGAAGAAGGUGGUACUCUCUUUCGUUUCCUUAGGUCUCGACAACACCGAUCUGAACAAAGAGUGCCUGGAAGUGUACAAGGAGCACUUUGAGGCACCGUUCAUCCAAGCCACCGAGCAGUAUUACAAAAAGGAGUCGGAAGCUUUUCUCGCCGAGAAUACAGUCUCCGAUUACCUGAAGAAGGCAGAAGAGCGUCUACGGGAGGAGGAGGACCGAGUAGAAAGAUAUUUGCACACCAAGACGCGCAAAGAUUUGAUUCAGAAAUGUGAAGAAGUGCUCAUCCGCCAACAUGCUCAGUUGAUGUGGGACAGUUUCCAAAAACUCUUGGACUUUGAUCAAGACGAAGACCUCCAGCGGAUGUACUCACUGCUGUCGCGUAUUUCGGAGGGACUAGACCCGCUAAGGCAGCGCUUCGAAGUACACGUCAAGCAAGCAGGUCUAUCAGCGAUCUCGAAACUGGUGGGAGAGGGCAGUGCCGUUGACGUUGAUCCAAAGAUAUACGUGGACGCACUGCUAGAGGUACACCAGAAGAACUCUGAAACCGUUACUCGAAGUUUCCGCGGGGAAGCUGGAUUUGCGGCCAGCCUCGAUAAGGCGUGCAGAGAGUUUGUCAAUCGUAAUGCAGCCACUGGAACGUCGUCGACGAAGUCACCCGAGUUGAUAGCCAAGCAUGCGGAUAUGCUUUUGCGGAAGAACAACAAGAUGGCUGAGGAAGGUGAUUUGGAGAGCGCGCUGAACCGUGUGAUGGUGCUCUUCAAGUAUCUGGAGGAUAAGGAUGUUUUCCAAACGUUUUACACCACCAAGCUUUCUAAGCGACUCAUUCACGGCGUAUCUGCUUCCGAUGAGAGCGAGGCCAGCAUGAUAUCGAAACUGAAGGAGGCUUGUGGUUUCGAAUACACCAACAAGCUCCAACGCAUGUUCACAGACAUGAGUCUGAGCAAGGAUCUCACGGAUUCGUUCAAAGAACGGAUGACUCAGAACCACGAUGAUAUGGAUAUCACCUUCACUGUCAUGGUUCUCGGCACCAACUUCUGGCCGCUCAACCCUCCGACCCACGGCUUCACCAUCCCGAUCGAGAUCAUGCCCACCUACGAACGUUUCACGAAGUAUUACCAGAGUAAACACUCUGGUCGUAAACUGACAUGGCUUUGGAACUACUCGAAGAACGAACUGCGAACUAACUACCUGAACCAGAAGUACAUCCUGAUGACUAGCGCCUACCAGAUGGCUGUGCUUGUGCAGUACAACAGGAACGACACGUUAUCCUUGGAUGAGCUGGUUGCGGCGACAGCGAUCAGUAAGGACAUCCUGUCGCAGGUGCUAGCGUUGUUGGUGAAGGCCAAAAUUCUCAUCAACGAGGAGAAGGACCAGUACGAUUUGAACCCUGGUUUCAAGUCAAAGAAGAUUCGGGUCAAUUUGAACCAGCCUAUCAAAGCCGAGGUGAAGGCUGAGUCUUCCGACGUCCUCAAGGCUGUCGAUGAAGACAGGAAAUAUGUUAUUCAAGCUACUAUCGUUCGAAUCAUGAAGGCCCGUAAGACCAUGAAAAAUCAAGCCCUAAUUCAGGAAGUCAUUUCCCAGAUCUCUCAACGUUUCGCUCCCAAGAUUCCUGACAUCAAAAAGGCCGUAGAAACCCUUUUGGAAAAAGAGUAUAUGGAACGAGUUGAUGGACAGAAAGACACGUUUGCUUAUGUCGCAUAAUUCUUUUGCUCCCUUUCUCACUUGUAUCGUCGCAUCAUCACCCACUCUUUGUACCAUAAUGCAUAUACGUUAGAAAGCCGGCCGAGU